AUGGACCUUUCAUAUCUUCAUGUCUUUAUAGGAAGUUUGAAAUCUCCCCCACUAUAUUUCUCUCUUCUCAUUAUCCACAGCAACAAACAGGAAAAAGGAAAAGAGAUGAACACUCUCAAGGCCACUCAAACCUCCUUCCCUCCCAAAAAUCCUUCCUUUCUCUGCCCAAGAAAACUCCCCAAGAGGAAGACAUCCACCAUCUCCUUCUGCAGCAACUCCUCCAGCGGAGCGGAAUCCGAGCCUUCCCCACCCGAGGAAGGAGGAGACAAGAGCAAGCAAGAACUGCUUGCAAAAAUCGCAAUGCUUCAGACACAAAAGGUCCGGCUGACCGAUUACUUAGACGAGCGGUCCGCCUACCUCACUCAAUUUGCUGAAGACGCCAAUGCCGAGUUCGAUGCCAUUGGAGAAGAUGCUCUCAAAGGGCUCGACGACGCCGAAGCUCGGAUAAUGGGGAAUAUAGAGAGUCGGAUGCAGGCUUUUGAAGAAAAGUCAGAAUCAAGUAAACAGGAAAUAGAGAAGAGCGAGCAGAAGGUAGUGGACUUUGAAGAUCAGAUGGAGAACGACCAGAAUGAAGGCCUCUUCUUCAAGAACCUGGGGCAGAGAAAGCCUCAAGAACGCGUAGAGGCUCAGGAAGAAAUGCAGAAGCUAAGAGUCACUAAAGAGAAUGCGGGGUCAAAAAUCCGGAGAAACAUUUACCUGGCACUGAUUUGCUUGCUGGCUGCCACAAUUGUCAAUGCCAUUAUCUCUUCACCCGAGUUGGAGUGGCAGAAAAUCACAGCUUUGGGGGUAAUAUUGGUGGCCUUGCUAGCUCAGUUCUUCUACGAACAGAUGAUGUAUUCAACAACUGAAAAGACAGAAAAGGACGAAUGACAAGCAGAAGAGGAUAAAAAGAAAAACUCUCUUUCCUUCUUUUUUUUUCUUUUUUUCUUUUUUGCUAGAAUGAUUUUGAGUCUCAUCAGACUGUAAAUAUUUUGAAGUGAAGCACUCUUUGUGAAGAUGGUGGAUGAACAUAGCAUGAUAGAAUAAACCCAAGAGAGUUCUUGCA